CAUCAGCUGCAGCUGGGAUCAGUGUGCGGGGCUGGGACACGUGUGCGUGAUGUGCGGUGCAGGGGGGGCGGAGUCUGCGGGUUUACACCGGCUGACGGUGCAGACUCGGCGGAUCAUUCCUGACUCCUCCGCCGCUGAUCACCUGCUACGCACCGAGGAGAAGCGGCUGCAGCCCGGACACACCGCUCAUGGAGGUGCUGCCGGCCGCGGGGCUGCCGGAGCUGGACUGUAACAGCAACUGUCUGCCGGCGGAGCUGGAGGUGAGGAAGCUGCAGCAGCUGGUCCGGAGGCUGGAGCUGCAGAACGAGCAGCUGCGGGCGAGCGGCUGCUCCGGCGGCCCGUCCCCGGGCUUCGGGCUCGGGAGCUCCGGGGCGUUCCGCCUGCACGGCCCGCUGCUCGCCCUGCGGUGCCUCCCGUCCGCCGGGUCGCUCUCGCCCCCGGAGGAGCCUUUCGAAUACUUCCAGCCGCACGGAGCCGGGGACGGAGCCUCAGAACCGGGGGAGGACGAAGCGGAGCCGUCGGUGCUGGACGAGCUGGAGCUGCUGGACCUGGAGGUUCUGUGCUGCCCGGAGGAGGAGGAGACGUGGUUGUACGCGUCGUCGAAGGCCGUGGAGCUCGGAGACGACUCCCUCACUCCUCUGCAGUGGUGCCGGCACGUUCUGGACCGACCCAAGUCCGAGGUGGAGGCCGCCCGACGGUCGCUGUCGCUGCGACUGGAGCAAGUCUCUAGGUGGCGUAGCAGCUUGUCCAGCCCCUCCCACUCCUCCCCAGGCCCUCCCCUCAGUCGAGUGGCCGGCGUGUCUCCCAUCAGAGCCCCCCCCUGCUCCACGCCCCUGUCGUCUGAUCGCCACGCUCCCUCCUUCUCCUCCCCGCUCCACCAUGUUCUCCAUCGGACGCUGAGUCCCGUGGGGAAGGAGUUCUCCCCCCUCGCUGAGCGCACCCCCACCUUCGUCCCUCAUCUGGCAAAUUCAAUCCUGAGAUGCGCGGCGCUCAGUCCCCAGUCGUCCAUGGACAGUGACCUCGGUGCCUCGGAGGACGACUCCAUCACUCUGCACGGAUACAAACUGCACGACCUCACCGACGUGCAGGUCAUGGCCCGGCUGCAGGAGGAGAGUCUAAGGCAGGACUACGCCAGCACGUCGUCCACCCUCGCCAACCGCCGCAGCCAGAGCUUCACCUUCCAGCUCAGCCAGCUCAGCGCCGGCCAAGACCUGGAGGAGGAAGACGAGGAGGACGACGAAGACUACGGCCUCCUGCCCCCGCCGCAGCCGCGCCUCACCCGCCUGCCGCACUCCCACACCUUCUCCAGCAUGCGAGACUGGCGAAGAAGCACCACGUCCCUGUCCACCCCUCCUUCCACGCCCUCCACGCCGCCGCUCCCUUCCGCCGGGUUCGCCUUUCAGCCUCUGGCCCCGUCCCAGCUCCAGGGACUGGGAGCGGGCAGCUUCUGCACAGCCGAGCCUCACGGCUUCCGACCAGGAUCAGGAGAAUUUGAGAAUAAACUGCGGAGGAGCAUGCCUAACCUUGUCAGAGCUCCCAGCAUGCCGAGUGUGCCCAUUCCGACCAAUCCCAGCGCUUCCCCUUGUUUGCUUCGUAACAGCCUGAGUUUUGAUUCGUCCAGCGGUCUGGCUCGCCUGCAGUCCUCCAUCCCCUCCCCUGGCCAACUUCAAAACAGGGUCCAGAGCGUGGAUUUCUCCUCCUUGUCCCGGCAGCCGCUCAAGGCCACGGCGUACGUCAGCCCCACCAUCAAGGGCUCGGCCUCCACCAGCCUCCAGCCUCCGAGCGGCAGCAGUGGGAGUAACAGCUGGAGUAACAGCGGGAUCCCUCUGUUCAGCAAAUCGGCCGCAGGAGGGGGCACGCCCACCUCCAUGCCGGGCACUCCCCGCAGCAGCCUGCCCCGCCCCGCCUCCUUUGUGGGCGCCACGAGUUCCAACCCCCGCAGCAAGGUGGCGCAACCAGCACGAAGUUUACUGACGCCUCCAAAGAGCUUGUCCACCCUCAGUGCCCUUCGUGACGGCACCUGGAGAGACGGCUGCUACUGAUGGAUGAGCCGGUGCAGUGGCGCCCCCCCGCUGGUUGGGGUGACUCGCCACACCUCAACAUCGUUUUCCAUUUCCACACCGACUGGGUUUGACCAAAAAGUAAAAAAAUGACCUUAAAUCUGAGCUCCUGCAUAGAAAAGAUGUCGAGGGUCACGUGACCUGAUCUGUUUUCCCAUCCAUUCGAUUCUAUGCAGAAGUUCUUCGGUGAAGACGGGUUGUUUUAAUCUGGACCCGUCGACUGGUCCGUGCCAAGUGGGAGAUGUUCCCAGUUGCUCUUGUGCAAUAAACCUCUGACUGUAAGGGACCAGUAAUACUAACCUGCUAAAGAGGGCUGCCAGUUUAUAUGAGAAGAGCCUCGCUGUAUUUAUUUAUACACUUAUUUUAACUAUGGAGUGUUUGGACUAAUCAGGUGCUUUCCCUCUGGCAACGAGAGCCAAUGAUGCUGCUAAAGUUGAAUCAGUCCCACUUACUUUGGGCACACUUGGUGUCAUUUUUACAAGGAAGACAUUAAAGUAUGUAUUCGUGUACAAAGCUAAUUCUUAAUUGUGCUUAAACACACAAACACCUAUAUAUGGUUGCAAUAUAAUUUAAUUUUAAAUGUGGAUUUUGACCAAAUGAUAACGUCUGAUUGUCUCACCACGGUGUCGGAAGAUGUUUUGUCUAACCACCUUCUAUUGGGAAACGGUUCUGGUUGCACUUUGUAUAAAUUGAUAAAUUUACUGACGUGUUUUUGUUCUGUAUCACUAAUAUUUGCACUUUUGUGAGAUUUCAGUUACACUCUGCGUAAUGUAGCACCUUUUGUUUAUAAUAUUUCACUUGUGAUUUUUAAAUUAUUUUAAAUUAUCGUGGUACAUUUUAAAACCCUGUGAUACUUUUGUUACUGUAAUGGACUGAAUGAGUGAAACUUUUUAAUAAAACACACUAUAGACUACA